AUGGCAGGAUAUUCGCAUGGUGGUGGUGGUUCCAGUUAUAGUACCGUCGUCAAACACGAUAUACCCAUUUAUUAUCCACAUGGAGAUAUUAAAUACAGUUCAGGAGGACACUAUGAUUUGGGCUACAAUGGCGGCUAUGGCGGUUAUUUAGAUAAAGGUUAUGGUUAUGCUGGCCAUCUGGGAAAAUUGGAUUACUACAAAUAUCCCAAAUAUCAAUUUGAUUACGGAGUUAAGGAUCUAAAGACUGGUGACAUUAAAAAUCAAUGGGAACAUCGUGAUGGUGGUUUAGUGAAAGGUGGCUAUUCUUUGAAGGAAUCUGAUGGUACCACCCGCGUUGUAGAAUAUCAUGCCGAUGACCAUAAUGGUUUCAAUGCUGUUGUCAAGAAAAUCGGUCACGCCGUUCAUCCUGAAAUUUAUGGCAAGGGUCUUCAAUAUGGUGCCGGUUAUGGUUAUGCUGGUAAUUCUCUGAAUCAAGGAUAUUAUCAUGGUGGUUACGGUUAUGGUUUGGGUCAUGGCCAUGGACAUGCAAGCAGUUAUGUGAAUGUGAAACAAUUGUAAAUAC